CCCUCUCUCCACCCCUCCCUCCCUCCCUCUGCCUGCGCAGAGCCGCGGACAUGGCGCUCAGCAAUUUCCUCUUCGCCCAGUGCAUCUGCUAUUUCCUGGCCUUUCUCUUCAGCUUCAUCGUGGUGGUGCCACUCUCCGAGAAUGGCAACGACUUCCACGGCCGGUGCCUGCUCUUCACCGAGGGCAUGUGGCUCAACGCCAACCUGACGGUGGAGCGGCAGCGCUUCACGGUGCAGGAGUGGGGCCCCGAGGCUGCCUGCCGCUUUAGCAUCUUCACCGGGCUCCUCUCCCUGCUGCUGGCCACAGUGCAGGCCUGGAGAACCCUCUUCUUCCUCUGCAAAGGGCACGAGGACUCUUUCUUUUACGCCUUCCUGAAUCUGCUGAUCAGCGCCUUUGUGGUGUUCAUCACAUUUAUUGCCAGCACUAUAGUGAGUGUAGGAUUUAACAUGUGGUGUGAUGCAAUUACUGAAAAAGGAAGCAUGCCAAAUAGCUGUGAAGAAUUACAGGAUAUAGAUCUUGAGUUGAACUUGGAAAACUCUGCUUUCUAUGACCAAUUUGCUAUUGCACAGUUUGGUCUCUGGGCUGCCUGGCUGACUUGGCUGGCAAUUACCAUUCUGGCUUUCCUGAAGGUUUAUCACAACUACAGACAGGAGGACCUGCUAGAUAGCCUGAUCCAUGAGAAGGAGCUGCUGCUAGGAAGAUCCCCUUCACGAUCCUCUUUGCAAGAUGACAAAAGUGGCAUGAUCUAAAGUGUAAGGAAAUCUCCAAGGCAGGAUCUAGAUUUUAUUAUUCAGUAGUGUGAGCUGAAGUUGAGUCAGGGUAUUGAGUGUGUGAGAUCUUUUCUUUUCCUGAAAUGAAUUUUUGAAUCACUCACUUCCCCCAUGAGAAAUUGUUGGCAGAAAUACUGAUAUUAGGGUAAAGAGAAUGAACUGCCCUAUGUGCCUAUGGCAUAGCAAACUUUCUGUCCUGUGCAGGCAAAAUUUGUACCCUGCCCUUGUCAGCAGAGCUCCCAGGUGCCAUCGCUGGCUUUUGGGACAGAGGCGAUUUUUGAGGACUGAGCUGGCAAGACCAGGCUACAGAGUCCAGGCUAUUUCUUCAAACUGUUCUCCAACAAUAGCUGUAACUGGAGCUGCAUUCAGUCCCUCCCCUCUCCCUCUCCUCCCUUUUCCCAGUGAAGCUGCCCUGCUCUCUCUAUCCCGGGAAGCUGCAGCUCUGGUUUGGGUGCAGACUCUCGCUGUCUCUGCUUUUGCUGUGUAUGGAUGCAGUGCUGACAAACAUGUUGCUCCUGCUCUGAUUUUAUUGAAAACAUAGAGACCUGUGUUCCAGACUUGAUAUUUAAUAUUGGACAGUGUUAAUUAUUUCCAUGAAACCUGCAUAUUACUACAGCACCUGUUAAAAACUGUGUAUAAUAUGGAAAGAUGAUGGAGAACUUUUGUGGUUUUGUUUCUUCUUAGAUUUUGGCAUGACCAACAUUUAUUAUGACUUCUGAAGUAAAGUGUAGCUAGAAAUUGCUGAAGCUUACAUACUAAGAAAUUAAGCUGAAUAGAUAGUAUUAAUGCUUGUGCAUUUAUAAAUGUAACUUGGUGCCUAACAUUGUAUACUAUUCUGUUUUGAAUAUUAGAAUUUAUUUGUGAUAUUUAUUUCAUAUAGGAUAUUCAAAAUUACUGUAAGCAUUUGCAUUGUAGGUUUCUAUAUAUAAACAUAGCAGGGAGUUCAAACAGCUGAGUUAUUUUAUAGGUAGUUCAGUGCUGAAUGGGUCCAUUCUCCCCACUCAUGGGCAGGAGUUCCAGGGCAGAUGAAUUUUGCUGUGAAAAAGGAAGAAUUGCUAUUUACACAAAGCUCACUGGUGACUGUGUUGUUGCUUUCAGUUUUGCUUGGCCAGUGCUUAACAAAUCAGGUGGAUUGUUGAGAUCAGAGGUAGUUCUGAUAAUUAGGCAGAGUCACUCAGAGGAGUGUGGGAUUUGCAUGGCAGAGAAGUACAGUUGUGCUAGAAUUAAGCAUUUGUCCCCAGGUACAUAUUACACAGAAGACCCCAAAUCAGCAGAAAACUUAGGCAAACAACUAAGUAUGGACUGAAAUUUUUUUUGAGAGUACUGCACACUGCCUGUGGUACCUGUGCUUGAGUUGAGACUGAAUUUCUUGCGACAGAAAUGCAAAUUACACACAAUUAUAUGACCUGGUAAAUCAGGAUGAGGGGACAGAAGACAGUAGGUUCUACCACAUCAGAGCUCAAGCCUGGGGUUAGCACAACCAUACAGAUUUACUGUUUUCCUCUAGUGACUCUCUGAUGCUGAGUUAAGUACCAGCUUAAGCAUUUCAUUGAAACAGAAUUUGAUGACAAAUCCCUCAAUUAUUAAUCAUUUUAGGGUGUAAAAUCUGACAUUGUAUUUAGCUGCCAAAAUGUUCUCAUAGGUUUAGAGAAAAAACCCUCCAUGGGCCCUAAGCAGUGAGCCAGCCCUGUCAACAUUGCUUAUGACCCCAGCUGGCCACAGCUCUCUGUAGAGAGGCCUUGUUCUUCAGCAUGAUUUCUGCCCACCAGAAAAUGUAAUUCCUUUGAAAGCUUUGCAGCGGUGGCUUUUUUAUGGUUGGGAGUUGACAUCAGAGCAGGACCCCUGGAGAGGGAAUCAGAGAUCAAGUUAAUUAAUUCCAAUUUAAAAUUCAGAUAUCAGGACUGUCAGAGUGACUUUUAAAAAUUAAUUUGGUCUAAUAGUUUGGAUAU